AUGUCGUUGCCCCUCAUGUGUAGGGUGCACGAUCAUGAAAUCGAGCUUCCUUUCCGCCAGCCAAUCACUGAGCAAGCGCUGCCUGGACUCAAUCCGUUCAAGAAGCGGAAAUACGGAGACCCACCGCAAUUUGAGGUCUACGAUGUAGACAGCGGAAUGUUUCUUCCUCUCCGCCGGCUCACUCUAACCACCCCGCUCCACCUUCGUCUCCCCCUUUCCCACAUACCCGUAUUCAAGUACGCCCACGUCAACCACAUCAGUAACCCGCGCGAUAUCGCCCUCGGCACUCGUAAUCUGGGUGCCUUGUGCAGCAUGAAGGUGGGCAUGUAUGACCUGCCCUUCGUAUUGCCCACCGCCCUUCCUAUACCCCGUCUGCACAUGCGUGCGGAAUGGGUCCUCAAACGCCGCAGCUUUCCCAUGACCCUGGAACGUCCGUUAAAGGGAGAGCCUGGAUACAGCGAGGAGGUGGUGGGGGGCGAGGUGCCAGUGGACGCUCCAGCGCACAUGGCAGAGGAUGUUGCGGAUGAUGAAGACGGGGUGGAAAUUUGGGAGGUAAUGUCCAAUGGCAAAGAAGUAGCUUACGUUCCAAACCGCACCGGGGGCUACUCGUGGGUAGAAUCCGCUUGA